CUCAUCUCUUGCUUCGGCUGCUACAAUGCAGGAAAGUUAGGCUGCGUUCACAACAGCGUUUUUCAUCUCCAUUAUAGAAAUGAGACACAUAGAUGAAAGAAGAAGGGCCAGCCACACACUGCCCUCCAUAAAAGUGCAAACCACACAAUAUUUACCAAGGAUAUGAUUGGUUACAAUUUCUUCAUUGCAGCAAAAUAUGAAUAAAGAACAAGCAUAUUGUAGUGACAUGAACAGCCAGAAGUAAGAACAGUGCUGUUUUGGCUUCUGAAUACUGAUGUCUGACUACAAACGCGCCACAUUUCAUGAUGAAGAUACCCCUGACCCUACAGGGGAGACAGCUUCAUCUCCUGAUACUGUAGAGGUUGGUUUUCGGAAAGGAAGAGGGCACAUCUUUAGUUCCCUUGGAGGUAGAUCUCAGCUCGAAAUUUUCCUGGGAGCACUAAGUGCAGUUCUAGGAUUGUUGCUCAUUGCAAGUCUUAUUGCUUUAGGAGUUCAGCAAGUCUCAGACAAGUCCCGAUCGCUGUGUCUCUCAGAGGCCUGUGUUUCUGUAGCUGGACGUAUACUUGAUUCCCUGGACAGAGAUGUGGAUCCAUGUCAAGACUUCUAUCAAUACUCCUGUGGGGGUUGGAUGAAAAGAAACCCGUUGCCUGAUGGACGGUCAAGAUGGAAUACAUUUAACAGUAUAUGGGAUCAGAAUCAGGCUGUACUGAAACAUAUACUUGAGAAUGCUACAUUUAACUCUAGCAGUGAGGCGGAGAUGAAGACACAGCGGUUUUAUCUCUCCUGUCUGAAGGAGCAGAAAAUUGAGGAGCUGAAAGAAAAACCUCUCACUGACCUCAUAAAGAAGGUUGGUGGAUGGAACAUCUCAGGUAACUGGCGGGGUGAUAAUUUUAUGGCUGUGCUGAAGACUGUCUCAGGGACGUAUCGGGCAACCCCAUUCUUCAGUGUCUUUGUGAGCGCAGACUCAAAGAGCUCAAACAGCAACAUAAUCCAGGUAGAUCAAUCUGGACUCUUUCUUCCGUCAAGAGAUUAUUAUCUAAAUAGAACAGCUAACGGAAAGGUGCUUGCUGCAUAUCAGCAAUACAUGGUAGAUGUGGGGAUGCUUCUUGGGGGCUAUCCUGGCUCCGUGGAAAUACAGAUGACCCAGAUUCUGGAGCUUGAGACCUUGCUAGCCAAUCUCACAGUUCCACAAGAGGAGCGUCGGGAUGAGGAAAAGAUUUAUAAUCGAAUGACGAUGGCUGAUCUGCAGAACCUAGCACCUGCAUUUGACUGGGUGGAUUAUCUGUCCUUUGCGCUGUCACCUUUGGAGAUCAAUGACACAGAGCCUGUGGUGGUUUAUGGCAAGGAAUACCUACAGCAAGUAUCAGAACUAGUUAACAACACAGACCCAAUCAUAUUAAACAAUUACUUGAUAUGGAACCUGGUUCAAAAGAUGUCCCCCAGUCUUGAUUCUCGUUUCGAGAAAGCCCAGGACAAACUACUUGAGUCACUCUAUGGUGCAAAAAAGUCUUGCACUCCUCGCUGGCAGACCUGUCUUUCUAAUACAGAUGAUACUCUUGGUUUUGCCCUGGGUUCUCUGUUUGUUAAAUCCACAUUUGAUAAGAACAGUAAAACAAUUGCAGAACAGAUGAUCUCUGAGAUACGAUCAGCUUUCGAAUUUACGUUAGAAAAUCUAACAUGGAUGGAUGAAAAGACAAGGAGAGCAGCAAAGGAGAAGGCAGAUGCUAUAUAUGACAUGAUAGGAUUUCCUGAUUUUAUCCUGGACACAAAGGAACUGGACGAAGUGUACGAUGGGUUUGAAGUGUCCGAUGAUUCCUUCUUUCAGAAUAUGUUAAAUUUCUACAAUUUUUCAGCUAAACUAAUGGCUGAACAACUGAGAAAACCUCCAAACAGAGAACAAUGGAGUAUGACACCCCAGACAGUCAACGCUUAUUAUUUGCCAAACAAGAAUGAAAUUGUCUUCCCAGCAGGAAUCCUCCAGGCUCCGUUUUAUGCUCCCACACACCCAAAGGCUCUAAAUUUCGGGGGUAUUGGGGUUGUGAUGGGACAUGAACUGACGCAUGCAUUUGAUGAUCAAGGCCGGGAGUAUGAUGAGGAUGGUAACCUACGUCCUUGGUGGCAAAACUCCUCUCUGGAGGCAUUUAAAAAUCGCACUGAGUGCAUGGUUAGUCAAUACAACGCGUACAAUGUAAAUGGAGAGAAGGUCAAUGGACGUCAAACACUUGGGGAAAAUAUAGCCGACAACGGUGGCUUAAAGGCAGCAUACCAUGCAUACAAAUCCUGGUUACAGAAACAUGGUGAAGAAAAUCGACUACCUGGAGUGGGACUUACCAACCAUCAGCUAUUCUUUGUAGGAUUUGCACAGGUGUGGUGUUCGGUGCGAACCCCCGAGAGCAGUCAUGAAGGGCUAGUUACAGAUCCUCAUAGUCCUGCCAAAUUUAGAGUUAUUGGGACCCUGUCAAAUUCAAGAGACUUUGCUCAACAUUUUAACUGUCCCGAAGGGACCCUUAUGAACCCAGGAAAAUACUGUGAUGUGUGGUAAAAUGUGCAUACUGCUUUGAUGAUCUGUAAUGGCUGUGUGGGAUGAUGAAUUGUGUGUGAGAGUGUACUUGACAUCUGAACAUGAAGGAAAACAAUAUGUAAGAUUGAAAGUCAAUGUAUGUGCAAGAGUACAUGUUUCUAGCUUGUCUUUACUGUAUUAACGUAGCAAAGAAAAAAUAACACAGCACUGCCAAAGACAGAUGCAGCACUAAAUGGCCAGGGAUAAAACUCCUAGAUCCUCCUAGGAAACAAAAAAAAAACUUAUAUUGAAUCAGAUUAACACAAAAAUGUUGUAAUAUUGUCAUGUUGGACCAUCAAUGUUUAUUAGAGUACAAUAUAUAUAUUUUGUACUCAUUAAAACUUUGUCAGCAGAUCCGAGCAAUUUUAGUGGAGGUUAAAGGGGUUCUCGGGUGGAAAACAAUUUUUUUAAAUCAACUGGUGCCAAAAAGUUAAACAGAUUUGUAAAUUACUUAAUUUUAAAAAUCUUAAUCCUUCCAGUACUUAUCAGCUGCUGUAUGUUCCAGAGGAAGUUGUACAGAAGAAGUUGUAUAGUUCUUUUUUUGUCUGACCACAUUGCUCUCUGCUGACACCUCUGUCCAUGGCAGGAACGGUCCAGAGCAGGAACAAAUUCCCAUAGAAAACCUCUCCUGCUCUGGACAGUUCCUGACAUGGACAGAGGUGUCAGCAGAGAGCACUGUGGUCAGACAGAAAAGAACUAUAUAACUUCCUAUGCAGCAUACAGCAGCUGAUAAGUACUGGAAUUGUUAAGAUAUUAAAAAGGAAAUAAUUUACAAAUCUGUUUAACUUUCUGGCACCAGUUUAUCAGAAAAAAAUCAAUAUGCUGCCAUAUAUCAUGCCCGGAUCCGUACACAUGAAGCGACACAUGCGCAGUGGAGUCCUGUACAGAGCGGGGAGUAGAGCGAAAGGCGGAGGGAGGGGAUGAAUAUGCAUAAGCCGGGCGGUGCUGCGGACGAGCAUUGCUGACGUCACAGUGCCAGAUGGAGGCAUGUAACCCCGCCCGUGCCAGUUAGAAGAUCAUUAACAUAUCAGGAAUAAUGAAGAUAACAGGCGAACGGCUGGACGGAUCCGAGCAUCGUAGGCAGCAUAUUGAUCAGCGUCCCCAGCUCUACCUGCUAGUGCCUCUGGUUAGUCCAGGGGGCGGUGAUGGAGUUUAGUGACAGUUUUCCUUUAAUACCUUCUAGACCUGCCCUACCUUCAUAUUUGCUAUGUCAACCUUUGCCACAAGUACAUUUUCAGUGUGUUAUAAUUUAAUGUAGUAAAUCAGCAAAUCAUUUGUACUUUGCAUAUGAAUAAUGACCCCCCUACUCUAAACUAUUAGAAUAAUAGACAUCAUCAGUGAGUUUCUAUUACCAACAUAUUAUGAGGCUGCAGUAUAAGUGCAUUUAUAUAGGUCAUGGAACUCUGUGACUAAAACUCUGUAUAAUUUAUAGUAAUAGUAGGAGUCUCUAGCAGCUUGCAUUAAGUCCCAAUGAGCUCACCACCCGUGGAGAAAAUUGCUGAAUGUUAUAGCCUCGGUUCCUUAUGGCUGUUCCACAGACUUAUAGUAGAAAACACUACUUAUUCCACCACACAGGAUGAAUAAAAUAUAUUCCUUUAUUCCAUCAUUUUAAAAACAUUGAGAACACAUAGAAAAAAUAUAGAAAUAUAGUAAUCUUCUACAUUGCAGCCUGAAACGCAUUAGCAGGUUACUAUGUUUUCAAUAUGUGUUUUUUUCUGUACCUUCAUGUUUUUAAAAUGAUGGAAUAAAGGUACAGUGGUCCCUCAAGUUACAAUAUUAAUUGGUUCCAGGACGACCAUUGUAUUUUGAAACCAUUGUAUGUUGAGACCAUAACUCUAUGGAAACCUGGUAAUGGGUUCUGAAGCCACCAAAUUGUCUUCUAAAAAUAGGAAAAAGUGAGGAUUUAAGAAAAAUAAGUAGAUACCUAAAACAGAUAAAGCAAGUCCUAAGAUAUAAAAGUAAUCAAGAUCUGCUGGGAGCUGUAAAUCACCGCCUAUGUAGGGGACAGGAGCUUCUUCAGGGUCCUGUACAGUACACGCAAUGUCCUUAAAAAGUAAAAUGGAGCCGCCCUUACCUGGAGCAGCUAUCCCUGGCACAGGUUAAGAGUAGUACAGAACAUGUAGUACCACCCUGUACUGUAGGGAGGCGAUACCAGACAGGAGUUCAGUUCAUGCAUGCACUUUAGUAAUACAUGAGUUUUACCAGUAAAAUGCCCAUUCUGAUUGGUCAGUUCUUCCAGCCAUUGACACGUUUCACAGAUCUGGACUGUUCAUAGCAUUGUAUGUUGAGUCUGGUUUCAAGUUACAAUGGUCCAGAAAAGAUCAUUGUAUGUGGAAACUAUUGUAUGUUCAGGCCAUUGUAAGUUAAAGGGGUAUUUGGGGCAAAAACAUCUUAUCCCCUAUCCAAAGGAUAGGGGAUAAGAUGUCUGAUCGCGGGG